AUACCUUUAUUUUUGCUUCUCUCCUGCAUAAUUAGGGUUUGCAAUGUGGAUGCACAAUGUCUCAAUCUGAACGAACGUCAGUCUCGCUCACCAUUUCCGAUGACACGGCACCUCAAUCGGAGAGUCAAUCUCUCGAUCGCGCUCACCUGCCCUCUGAUCUCGAUCACCCGCCUUCCAACUCCGAGACCGACAGCACUCUACACCAGCAGCUCCAGAACCUGGAACUCAAAGUGGAGGAGCCUGAGAAGAAAGAUGACAUAGAGGAAGAUGGACGGAGCGAUGACGACGAGGAGAAAGAUGAUGAGAACGGUGACGGAGACGAGAACCGGAGUGAACAGCUGGAGGAGAAGAGUGAUGGAAGGAGGUAUAAUUAUCCAGUGAGGCCCGAGGCUGAGGAUUGCGCAUAUUAUAUGAAAACUGGACUGUGCAAAUUUGGAUCUAAUUGCAAGUUUAAUCACCCAAUCCACCAAAAAAACCAGGUUGUUAAGGAAAAGAUUAAAGACAAGGAUGAAUCAAUAGACAAAUCUUCCCAGACAGAAUGCAAGUAUUACAUGAGGACAGGAGGAUGUAAGUACGGUAAAGCUUGUAGAUUCAACCACUCCAGGGCAAAAGCUUCAGCUGUCCCAGUUUUAGAGCUUAACUUUUUGGGCCUGCCUAUCCGACUGGGAGAGAAAGAGUGCCCAUAUUACAUGCGUAAUGGCUCCUGCAAAUAUGGAGCUAACUGCAAGUUUAAUCAUCCGGAUCCGACAGCUGCCGGAGCUUGUGACUCUCCAGGUUAUGGUAAUGGUGGAUCUGUUACAUCACAAGUAGCAUCACAAGUGGGUGUGGCAUCCUGGUUAUCAUCAGGGACAAUGAAUGAGACUGCUACUUAUGUGCCAAUAAUGUUUACACCACCACCACAAGGUGUUCCUUCUCAAAAUCCUGGAUGGAAUGGGUUUCAGGCUCCUGUGGAUUCACCAGAAAGGAGUUUGCGUUCAUCCUCUGGGUUUGUGAUGAACAACCCAUCAACUGAAACAAGUGUCUAUACACAUCAUCAGCCACUGAUGCUAGUUGAUGAAUUCCCAGAACGGCCUGGCCAACCCGAUUGCAGUUACUUCAUGAAAACAGGGGACUGUAAGUUUAAAUCUAAUUGCAAGUUUCAUCAUCCAAAAGAUCGAAUUGCAAAGGCACCUCCCUGUUCUCUCAGUGACAAGGGCCUGCCUCUAAGACCUGAUCAGAACACCUGCGCUUACUAUAGCCGCUAUGGCAUUUGCAAAUUCGGGCCUGCUUGUAAAUUCGAUCAUCCUUCAGAUCUGGUUUCAGCAGUACCUGUUUUAGAUCAGUCCCCCUCAUUACGGAGUUCAAGUAUACAGGAAGCUGGAAUGGCAGGAAGCAACGCUAUUGAUGCUACAGUUCAGCAGCAGUUGUAGAAAGGAAAUCAAAAAAUGUUAUCCUGCUCUUCAGAUCACACUUUAGCAAGGAUUCCAAAUUUUCUUAGGGCAUUUAAAAGUUUAUGUAACCUUUUUUCUUUUUCACUUUUAGUUGAGCUGCCACGUGCUUUUUAGAGGAUGGCACGGGGUAUUAUCAUCUGUUGUGUAACCUAUCGCUUGUGCUACAGUGCAAAAUUCAAGGAUAUGUAAGUUACCUCACUUCAUGAACAACCUGUGCGAUACGUGGGGAGUAUUUUGUAUAUGUGAGGGUAAUUGAUUUAUAAUUUAUGAUUGAUAAGGAUUGUUACUAUAUGAUCGUGAGGGUGAUCGAAGCGUUCAGCUCGGCUUCAGAAACUUUCAUCGAUGCUACCGAUGUUAUACUUUUUGAACGUGAGCAAGGGAGGAGGAAGGGGUUAGAAUUCCUUAUAUAGAGAAGAAAUCUGUGGCCAAAUCCUUAAAGAAGAAGGAAUCUUACUCUAAUAAGGAGUUGGAAGAAGGAAUCCUAAUACAAUAAGAAGUUAGAAAUUUU